AAAAACCGCUGGAUGUUCACAUCUGCAGCAGUGCAGGUGUCAGCAUCCACAUGUUCUUACGUCACCGGUCAUCCCAGAGCAAAGCGCGGGGACCUGAAGGAGCUGAAAAGUUUCCGUAACAAAGCCGCACGCUCUCUGUGGCCACGCCUCCUUCAGCAAACCUUUAUAGAGCUCACAUGUCACGAGGCCACAGCUCCGCACUUUUCACGCGCGCCGCACCCGAGACAUCCAUUCACAGACGAGAACAGAAAUGUCUGGAUGAGGAGGAAGUCUGCUGGAAGCUGCCAGCCGGAGUUGUUCCAGGAUGCAGCAGAGAGACCGUUUCUCAUGCGGGACAGUCCGCUCCAAAUCUCUGAGCUGAGGGAUGCCAGCACGCACACGGAUUUCUAAGUGGACGCGCGUGCUUCGAGUUAGUCGUUAGUUAUCUAAAAAGGUUUAAAUAUAUAUUAAAGCACCAGAAGGAGUUUAAAGUUUUCUUCUUGAGAUCUUAGUCUUCACAUUUCUACUUCACAAAGAUGCAUUUGGCUAAAGCUUUAGUGGUUCUUCUCGUCCUCCACUGCGCCACUUUGAGCUCAUCCCUCUCGACCUGCGCCACCGUGGACAUUGACCACGUGAAACGGAAGAGGGUUGAAGCAAUACGAGGUCAAAUUCUCAGCAAACUCCGACUAACGAGCCCCCCGCACUCCCAGGGACCCAGCAAGAUCCCCUAUCAGGUCCAGGCGCUGUACAACAGCACCAAGCAGCUGCUGGAGGAGCUGGAGCGGAACCGGCAGCAGAGCUGCGGGCAGGACAACGCGGAGACGGAGUACUACGCCAAAGAGAUCUACAAGUUCAACAUGAUCUACGGAUCUCCAGAGAACAACGAUCUGCUCUACUGCCCAAAAGGAAUCACCUCCAAGGUUUUCCACUUCAACGUGUCGGCCAUGGAGAGGAACUCCACCAACCUCUUCAGGGCCGAGUUGCGAGCCCUGAGGGUCCCCAAUCCAAGCGCCAAGAGGAAUGAGCAGCGGAUCGAGCUCUACCAGAUCAUGCGGCCGAACGAGCCCGUUCGAAAGCAGCGCUACAUCGGAGCCAAGCACGUGCAGACCAAAGGCACCCCGGAGUGGGUCUCCUUUGACGUCACGGAGACCGUACGGGAAUGGCUGAUGAACCCAGGAUCCAAUCUGGGCUUGGAGAUCAGCGUCCACUGUCCCUGCCACACCUUCAGGCCGAACGGGGACAUCAUUGACAAUGAAAACGAGGUUCUGGAGGUAAAGUUCAAAGGGGUGGAUGGAGACGAGGAGCCCAGCCGCCUGGAUCUCGAUCAACUAAAGAGGAAGAAGGAUCUUUAUGUUCCUCACCUCAUCCUCAUGAUGAUCCCCCCGCAUCGCCUGGACGCUCAAACCACGCGUCGGCGCAAGCGAGCGCUGGACGCCAACUACUGCUUCUCAAACGCUGAGGAGAGCUGCUGCGUUCGCCGCCUUCACAUCGACUUCCGGCGGGAUCUGGACUGGAAGUGGAUCCACGAGCCCAGCGGUUACGAUGCCAACUAUUGCUCCGGGCCGUGUCCCUAUCUGCGGAGCUCGGACACCACGCACAGCUCGCUCCUGAGUUUGUACAACACGCUGAACCCGAGCGCGUCGGCCUCUCCCUGCUGCGUCCCUGCAGACCUGGAACCCCUGACCAUCCUCUACUACUCUGGACGGACGCCUAAAGUGGAGCAGCUCUCCAACAUGAUCGUCAAGUCCUGCAAGUGCAGCUGAAGGGACGCUGGAGGCGGCGUCCACGGCGGGAUUCAUGAGGUACAGAAGCCACUGGAACCCUGGGACUGGUGGUGGAACUGCAGCAAAUCCUGAAGGAGACCUGAAGGAGUCUGAUCUGAACCCAGAGACGCAGAGCUUUUCUGGAGACGCUUUCUUUCUGUCUUCCAUCCCAGUUAGUUCUAAAUGUACAGCAGCUGUGACCACUUUCAGGUUCCUUCACUGAACUCGAUCAAGAAAGAGUCGUGGCUCUUAAAGAACGGAGAACCUGCUUCAUCCUUAGGACUUAUUUAAGAUCAGAACCUCUAUUGUGAAAAGUGGAUCAAUAAAUUGUAAAUGAGGGAAAUUUGAGGUGUUUAAUGAUGAUGCUUUCGUCCGGAUUUUUAAUCAUCUUUUUCUUAGUUUGCUUUAAAGUAACUGUCUUCAGAUGUUUUUUUUAGUUCUCCAUCAUGUGACCAGCUGUCUUCCGCCGUCAUCAUUUUUCCCUCUUUUUUGUUGAAAGUCUUUCAUCCAGCCGAGCAGAACCUUUCUCCCUGAAAGAUCAGGAUCUCCGUCAUGAAUCCGCUUUGCUGUCACGGUGGUCCACGCCGUGCAGCAGAUCCCAAUCAUUUUCCCUUGGUUACUCAAAGCCUUUCACUGUUGAAAAAGCUCCAUCAUAAUAAAAUUGUCAUGAAAAGAA